UUUUCAAGCUGCAGCAUGCCGGAAGUCAUUUCUCUUUGAAGUAUCCUUUCAAGACCACGCUAUCGAGUAAUAUCAAGGAUACUUUUCUUACUGAACAUUUGAUGGAACCCUGAUUCCUGCUAAAGUGGGUUAUUUUAAAUCGAUUCUUCUCGCAGAAAAAAGAAAACAGAAAUCUGGAAUAUCGACCUACAGUUCACCUCAAAAACAGGAAAGAAAUCCCAUGAUUCACGAAAAUACCUUGCAUGGAUGCAAGGAAGUAUAAAAUGAAACUGGAGAAGUAUUUCCUAUGAGCCAAUCAAGAACACGAGUUGAAAGAGUCAGUCAAAAUGGUCUCCAGUGGCACAGAAAUUCACUAAGUCCAUUAUUUUAUGGGAUAUGUAGUUUUAAAUCAAUAGGAAACACGAGAUUUUAGAGUAUGAUUCAGUCGACCGCUUUUGAAAUGGCUAUUCUUGCAAUCUGACGAUUUUGCGUUAUUGUACUUCUACAUGAACACAUGAAAUGUUAUGGAUUUCAAAACGUUCAAAUGCUUGGGAGCUAUGCUAGAAAAAAUAACAUGAGGUUUUUUAAGGAUUCGUUUAUAGCUAGGCUUACAUUAAUAAAUAUCAAAUGUAAGUAACUGAAGGAAGAAUGUAUUUUUAAAGAUAUACUCUCCUUUCUCCUCAGUAAGCUAUGAAUAAAUCACUCGAGACAUUAAAUCGGAGCCAUUCUUUUCUAGUAUUUCAAUACCUUUUAUCAUCGUUUAAGAACUGUUGCUUGAUGUGCCUUAUAUGGUCAAGUAAUUUUCAUAUUCCCCGCAUUGUUCCUCUUGGCAACAAACUGAAAGCAACACAUUUCGUAUUUUGUUUGCUUUGCAUUUUAUGCAACCUCACGAACGCACAAGUCUUUGCAAAUGAAUGUGAUUUAUCUAGAAUAGAUGAUGCGUCCAGCGUUGCUAUGACCUGCCGCGUGCGGACGUUGCAACACUUGUCUGAUGCCAGCAAAACUAAUCUGGACGCAUCCAUAUUUCUAAGCAUAUAUUGUGAUGAUUACAGUUCAGAUAACAUCAUAUCUAACGGAACAUUUAGCAAGUUUGGUAACGUCGAAGCUUUAAGAAUAGAAAACUGCAACAUUCCAGCUUUCCCAGAUAAUGCGUUUUGGGAUUUGUAUAAUCUUGUCAAUUUAUCGAUAAGUUUAAAUAAAACAAACUCCAAAAUUAUUUCCUUCAGGGAAGAGACGUUUGGGAACUUACAAAAACUUCAACGUUUAGAAUUAAGCUAUAAUAAUCUCGUAGUGCUACCACCUAAUUUAUUUUGCAACUUGGAAAACCUGAAAGUUUUAAACCUUACGCACAGUGAACUGGAUGAUGCACGAAAUAUAGGACUCGGCUCCAUUGAGACCACGCAAUGUCUUCCCGAAUUGAUUGUUUUGGAUUUAUCGUAUAAUAUACUGAAAAGUAUCCCCGAUGGCAUAUUUUCCUCGCUUGUUUCUCUGAAAAUACUUUAUUUGAAUAAUAAUCAGCUGUCGGAACUUUAUCCUUAUGCCUUUAGUGGCCUUAGUAGACUACAGAGUUUGGAUUUAUCUAAUAACAGGAUCAGCCAUCUACCAGAGCAGAUAUUUCAACAGUCAUCUGACAUUUUAGAGCUUUAUCUUCAAAAUAAUUCUCUGAGUUCACUAACGCCGAGAGUAUUUCAAGGCUUAAGGCAGCUGGUUGGAUUAAACUUGAGUUACAAUGCCCUCGAAAAUGUUAUUUCAUCAGAAACUCUCGCGGAUUUAAGUCGCCUGUUUGUACUGGAUUUAAAUCACAACCGCUUUCAACUUGUCACGGUGACUAAUUUCCAUUUAAUUAGAAGCCUGCAGAUUUUGUACCUCAGUUUCAAUUCUGUUCGUAAUAUUACUGAUAAUUCCUUCGCUUCUCUGAGAAAUCUUCAUACCCUGACAUUAGCUGGCAAUAAGAUACGACACAUAAGUUCGAAUACAUUUAGCGGUUUGGAAUCUUUAAAUUACUUAUCUCUCAGCAACAAUGAUAUUGAGAAUAUUCAUCCCCUUGCUUUUGCAUCUUGUAAAUCAGUUCAAAAUUUGAAACUGCGAUCGAAUAAAUUAACAGAGUUCCCUAAGGCAUUGAAUAGUCUAUCAUUAUUAAAACAUCUUGAUCUUACCCAUAACCGAGUUCAUAACAUCAGCAAUGCAACGUUUCAAGGACUGAAGAAUAUGGUAAGCUUACACAUGUCAAAAAAUAAAAUUGGAAAUAUGUCAAAAGGUUGCUUUCAAGACUUAACUUCACUGAAAACACUAGAUCUUUCCUAUAAUAAGAUACAAUCACUCGGUCACAGCUUAUUUGACGAUGUUCCUGAAUUACGAGUAGCUAAGUUUAACGACAAUCAUUUGACAGAUAUAAACGGACUUUUCAUGAAUCUCCGAUUCCUUCAUACUUUAAAUAUCUCUCGGAAUAAACUCACAUGGUUUGAUUAUGCUCUUGUACCAACAGAUCUUAAAACGUUGGAUAUUCACGAUAACGAAAUAGAUAGUCUGGGCAACUAUUUCGAGCUUGAAAAUUUAAUGAAUCUGAGGAAUUUGGAUGCAUCGCAUAAUAUUAUUCGAGAACUACAACCAGAAUGUUUGCCUAACAGCUUAGAAGUUGUAUCUUUUCGAGUGAACAAAAUUUCUGUUAUAAGACCUUUCACGUUUAUGGAAAAAACCAAUUUGUCAUUCGUCGACCUGAGGGGCAAUGCCAUCCGUCAUCUUGACAUAAAUGCUUUUCGUCUUAAAAGUAUUCCUUUGAACCACCCGUUGCCGGAAUUUCUUCUUUCUAACAACACUUUAACUUGUGACUGUGGUAUGGAAUGGUUACAGAGGAUCAAUCAUUUUGAUGAAAGUCGCCAAUAUCCUCACAUCCUUGAUUUGGAAGAGGUCUUGUGCCAUGUAACUCUUCCACGGCAAAAUACUGUAGUAGCUAUGUCUCUCAUAAAACCAUCAGACUUUUUAUGCCGAUACCAGAUUCAUUGCUUUGCUCUUUGCCAUUGCUGCGAUUUCGAUGCUUGUGAUUGUGAAAUGGUAUGCCCGGAAAAUUGCACCUGUUAUUCCGAUCAGACGUGGAAUACCAAUAUGGUAGAUUGCAGUCUUCGAGGUUAUUCUCACGUACCCCACAGAGUGCCUAUGGAUGUAACUGAUUUAUACCUUGAUGGUAAUGAUAUGAGCCAUGUCGGAAGCCAUUCAUUUAUUGGUAGGAAGAAUCUGCGUGCUUUGCAUCUGAAUAACAGUAAUAUUCAUAUUAUACGAAACAGAACAUUCAAUGGGUUGCAGAAUCUACUAGUGUUGCACUUGGAAAAUAAUCACAUCACUAUAAUCGAAGGUCACGAAUUCAUGAAUUUAACAAAGUUGCAAGAACUGUACCUGUCUCACAACCGUUUAAGAACGGUUAAGAAUGAAUCUUUCAAAAACCUAGUAUAUCUCAAAAUUCUAUUCCUAGACCAUAAUCAUAUUGUCGAUUUUAAUAUCUGGAAUCUCAAAUACAAUCGAGCACUGACUAAAGUAAAAAUUGGACAUAAUAAAUGGAACUGCGAAUGCGCUUUUAUCGAACGUUUCAGAUAUUGGUUAACCAAGCAUAAAUCCAUCAUUGUAGACGAAGGUAGUGUCCGUUGCUCGUACAAUAACUCCACAACCAUGCAUCUUUUAGAAUACAGUAACUCAUCCUGUUCGAAUUUUAGCGUUACACCAUUUCCAUCUGCUGAAUUUGUUGAAGAAUACAUGCCUGUGAUGAUAUUGGUGCCCAUGUUGCUGCUACUGAUCUUAGGUGCCGUAUUUUUCUUCUGUAAGUAUCGCGACAACAUGAAAAUGUGGAUAUAUAACAAAUAUGGUAUAAAGCUUUUCGAAAAGAAUGAUUAUCCUGCAGAUGGGGAGAAAUUGUUUGACGUAUUUGUAUCUUAUUGCAAAAAAGACGAAGCUUUUGUGACUCAAAUGGUAGCACCUGAAUUGGAGUGCGGAUCACCACCUCAAAGAUUAUGUUUAAGAUAUCGAGACCUUCCCGUAUCGCGUUACAUAGCCGAGACGAUUUCUGAAGCUGUGGAAUGUAGCUUUUGUAGUAUUGCUGUGGUAUCGGAACAAUAUCUCAAAAGCGAAUGGUGCGUUUUUGAACUAAAGGCAUCGCAUCAUGAGAGCCAGUGUAACAGACGUCAUAAAGUCAUCAUCAUCCUUUUGAACAAAGUUGAUAUGAAGGAACUUGAUCCUGAUGUCCGAGCUUGUUUCAAGUCUGCUCUAAUUGUGCACUGGGGAGACAGAAGAUUCUGGGAAAAACUCCGUUAUGCUUUGCCUGAAGGCAGAAAUCACAGGCACACGAAUUGCUCGGAUAUGAAACUUUCCACAACACUUCGGAGAUCAUCUCUUUCGAACUCUAUAAAACUUGUAUAAUUGUAAAUUAUUCUAUAAUCAAUGGAUAAAGGAGUUUAAAUAUCUGCUUGUUGUGUAUUUUUCAGCAAUGGUGUACAGUUCAGAUAUUUAAAAAAUGAUUAAAUAUAUAAAUAUGUAUGGUAUAUAAGAUAUGAAAGUGCAUUACAUAGUACGUAAAAGUGAUUUAUAUCAGAACGAUUUAUAUGUAAAAGGAUUUGGAAAUUGCACCAUUUGCAUUCCUGUCUUGAAUAUGUUCUGUGCAAAAUAAUGCAUUAAAAUCUUGUCAUAAUCUGUAAUUCCUUUUUUGCAUGUGGUUGUAAAUUCCGAAGUGUAAAUUUAUUGUAAUUAAGUUUGAAAGUUCUUUGAUAUACGUAUAAAAUGUAUGAGUAUUUGAUCAUAAUAUAUUAAAUUUUUACAUAUAAUCUGUGUGAUGAGAGAAAGUUAUAGUUCACAAGUGAAAGGGAUUAGUAAUGUAUAUGUUUACAAUCAGUUUAUCAUUUAUGUAAUUUCGCUUUCGGCUAAAUUGUAAAUUUAUUUAAUUUGAACUACAUAUCUUAAAUUUAUUUUAUGAAAUGUCAGCACCGUUUCAUGUUGUCAAUAAAACUAAAAUGGCUCACAGCCUGAUAAACCUUAAUUUUAAAUAACUUAAUUUUCAAUAAAUAAAAUAAUACCAUUAAAAAUACAUUUUUAAUUUCAAAACUUAAUUUUAAAAUUUUAUAUAUGUCAGUAAAAUUUAAAUUAUUCCAUUACGAAAUAUUUAACUUAGAGCUAUAGAUACUGAUGCUUUGAUCUGUGAUUUAUUUAAAAAUAAUUUCAAUGAAGUAUUCUUGUUAAGUUUCAUUGAUAAAUUCGUGUUUAUAUCUGAAACCUUUGUGUUAAAAUGAAAGAAACAAUUAUCAGUUUAUCUGAACAUGUCAUAGCAAGUUCAUGUUAUUUAUUUUGUUGUAAUAUCUUUAUAUAAGUAGAUAAAGCUUUAAGAUAAAAAACCCUGAUUAUGUGACUUGUUAUUUAAAAAUAUAAAGUCAAAUACCUCUCUGUUUUUUAAGUAAAAAAUAUUAACUGAAAAUUGAAUUUAUGUAUUUUGUUUAACUGGUAAGACACCUGAAAAAUUCAAAUAGUUGGCUAUAAUAUUUAAGAAUAUUUUAUAUAUUUUAUGUAUUUAUGUAAUAUAUUAAUUUUUUUUUAUUUUAUGUAUUUAUGUAAUGUAACACAUGUUUUUAACAUUUCUCAAUUACCACUAAAAAUACUAAAAUGAUUUUACAUUUCAAACACAAAUUUUAUUUACAUUUCAAACACAAGAUCUUCAAUAAUACUGGAAAAUAUUGUGAAUUUUUCAAUAGAUCUUGAGAAAUGAAAAUAUUCAAUUAUGUACAAAUUCAACAGAACAAAUGACACUACAUGUAAUAUAACAAAAUCAAGAAAUGUCAAGUUAUCCCUCAUCUGCAUUCUGUAACAAACCUGUCGGAUAAUUAUUUAAUUAAUCGGAAAAUAACUGAUGUAUAACCGAGCAUAUAUUAUUCUUCUGUAUUAUACAUUAUUGGGAAAAAUAUCAAUUACAGUAAUGUUUAAUACAGAGGUUGUUAAAAACCUGUCUUUAAGUAUUUAAAAAAUAUAUUCAAGGUCAUCUAAAAUUAUUUCGGAAUAGAAAUUUGUUCAAAUUUAUAUAAUUUAUUUUUUAUGAGAUAAAAUGUUUUAUUCCAUGAUUUAGUGUAAUAAUCUUCAUCUUUUAAUUUUUAAUCUUGUAUUCCAAUUUAGUUUAUAUUAAUUUGCAAUGAAUUCCAAUUUAGUUUAUAUUAAUUUGCAAUGAAUUCCAAUUUAGUUUAUUUUUUUUUAAAUGUACCAGCAACUAUAUUAUUAAAAACCAAUAUUAUUUUCUCUAAUCCUGUAAUCAUCCUCUUACAAAUUCUCGUAAUUUCAACAAUACAUUUUUAAAAGGAGGCUUACUAUAAGCAACUAUUAUAUUUUAAAAUAAUGUUUUCCAUACAUUAUAUAUGAUGCAUAUUUUAAAUUGCAAAGUAUACCCGCUAAUUCUGCAAAUUUUCGCAUGCAAUUUCAUUGUGAGGUAGGCAAUUUUAUUUCUUUAUUUUAAACUUUAAUAAAUAUUAGUGGUAAAAUUUUCAUGUAAGUAAAUUAAAACGGAAUCUAAAAAAGUGUAAAUGGUCAUUUUAGAAAGACUAUAAAAAUGUGGAAAGGUUUCAAUAUUUUAUAGAAUACUUUUAAUAAAAAGUUAAAAAUUUAUUAUUAUUUCAGGUUGUGUAAAAUAUUUGUGAUCGUAUUAAUUAAUUUUUAUACAGAAAUUUUAAUAAGAGAUUGUGUUAUAAUUCCAAUGGAAGUAAAUUAAACAUCUAAAAUGUCUAAAUUCAAUAUACGGGUCUAGAAUUUAAUACGGGGGUUAUUUCAGACAAGAUAUGAAAAAAAAAUAUUCUUCGAAUUGAAAGGAUGUGAGUUUUUCCAGAAUAUUUUUGAUAAGAAAUUAAUCAAUUGGAAUAGUGUCCUCUUGUUUAAAAUAUCUGUCUUCUUCGUUGACCCAUUAUUAAAUUUAGUAAACCUGGUUGAGUAGCAGAGCUUUCAGAUCAAAACACAUCUUGUAUAGAAAAUAUUUACGUUAUAUUAACUACCGAAACAUUUAUAUGAUUUUAGAAAAUCAAUUUAAAAUUUCUAUGAUUUUAGAAAAAAAAAACUAAAGUUGAAAUAAUGAAAUUGCAUGCUGAAUACUGAUACUGAUGAGUAUAUAAAUAUGAACAGUUACAUUUUAAAUGUAUACAAAAUAAAAACUUCAAUCGAACAUUCUUUGAAAACAUUUUUAUCUAAAGAAGAGGAAUUUGCAAUUUUUUCCGAGAGUGUUCUCAUUUUUCUUUGUUUCAUAAUAUGUUAUUAAAAUUUAAUUAUAGUAUUAAAAACGAAAAUAAGUUUGAAGUGUGAUUUACAUUCUGACGAUAACUGAAUGGUGUACAUUCGCUUAUUUUCAAUUUAAUAGGCACAGUAUGGUGUAUGAAAUAUGCCAGUGAUACAAUAAGUAACUAUAUAUUUGAUUGUCUUCAUGAGUUUGUAUGUGUGUUGACUAAAUGAAACUUCAAAUAAUAUAUGGAUCCUAUGUAUCCGACUAUCAAGAUUGAGUCAGUGUGAUUUUUGUUCCAGAUAUGUAUGAGAAAUAAAACUGAAUGCAUGACAUAUA